AUGUCAACCGGAGACGAACCGACGAAGACAACUUUCAAGAACCACAAGGCUCUUCCGAUUGCGAUUGUUGGCGGUGGCCUUGGUGGCCUUGCCCUCGCAAUCGGUCUCCUCAGAUAUGGUGUAAAAGUACACAUCUACGAAGCUUCCCCAGCCUUCUCCGAAAUAGGCGCGGGUGUCACAUUCGGCGCCAAUGCCACGACUGCAUUACAUCUUAUCGACCCUCGACUGCUGGAAGGCUUCAUGAAACACGCGACCUUCAAUACCAACCCUGAGCGGGAUAGCACUUUCAAUACAAUCAGAUGGGGCAUGGACGAGAAGCGACCUCAUGGAUCUAAAGCUGGGGAUCUCGCGUUCCAUCAGAAUGACACACAGCAGCCAAAGGGUGCGCUGGCCGGACUUCGAAUGCGAGGUCGGAUACACCGAGCGCGUCUGCUAGACGAGAUGGUCGCAUUGCUUCCCACGGACGUAACAAGCUUCAGCAAAAGCUUCGAAAGUGUCGAAGAAGCGGAUGUUGGAGUGCUCAGGCUAAGAUUUACUGAUGGGACGACUUCUCUAGCCAGUGCAGUCAUCGGUUGUGACGGCAUUAGAAGUAAGGUACGUCAGUUUGUAUGUGGUCCAAACAUUCAGGCAAAGUAUGCCCAUGAAGUAGCGAUGAGAGCUAUGGUUCCAGGAGAGGAAGCCAAGAAGGCACUAGGAGUAGAGAUGGCUAUGAACAGCCAGCUGUACUGUGGCUACGGAGGCUACAUCGUCACGUACCCUGUCGAGCAUGGCCAGUUCAUCAACAUGGUCGCUAUACCACAUGAUCGAUCAUUCACCAGCACUUGGGGCCAGGACGACUGGACAGUGCCGACGAAUGGGGACGAGGUUCGCGAAAAGUUCAAAGAAUGGCAUACGUCGCUCAUUGAUCUUAUCGCGAACCACAAUCUACCAUCAAAAUGGGCACUCUUCACUCUCCAACACAACGCACCAUACUUCAAGAAUCGUACAUGUCUCCUAGGUGAUAGCGCACACGCCACAACACCUCAUAUGGGAGCUGGAGCCGGAAUGGCUAUGGAAGACGCGUAUUUACUCAGUCACUUAAUCGUCGCCGCUGGAAGUACCGAAAACAUUGAGGCUGCGUUCAAAGCGUACGACGCCGUGAGGCGACCAAGAACUCAGGAAUGCAUUCAACGGAGCAUAGACGCUGCUCUGGCAUACGAUUUCAUGGUCGAAGGAGUAGAAGAUGAUAUGAGCAAAAUCGAAGAGAAGAUCAAGGAGAGCUUUCAAUGGCUCUGGUAUGAGGAUCUGGAAGUGCAGUUGAGCAGUGCAAAAAAGCUCUUGGAGGAGUGA